GACUGUAGGGGUUACGAACUAUAGAGAUCACCAUAAAAUGAUAAAUAUGGCAACUUUUGGUAAUUUUUAAACGUGGAAAUUAAAUUACGUGAUUUCCAUUUAAAUUCAAACUAAAUUUAUAAAAUUACUUUACAUUUAAGAUAUAUAAUAAAAAGAUAUGGACAGUUUGCUGUGAAAUUAAUUAAUGAUGUGUGGAAAAGUAAUCUUCUUUUCAUGUUUAGUUGGUUUUUUGGCUGUAUUUUUAUCUUUAGAUUUCUUCAUUCCAUAUCGAGAAGCUGCAGCUGCAAAAUUACCUUUAAAGCUGAAGAGUUACUUUGACGAUUUUGUAAAUUUGUGUAGUUCCCAUUUAGAGUUUUUGAAAUAUUUAACAUUUUCUCCCAAACUAUUUAGCAAAACGGAAGUAAAACGUUUCACAGGUGUAGAUGGUGAUAGUGUCUAUUUAGCCUUAUUAGGACGUGUUUAUGAUGUCACAAGAGGAAGAAAGCACUAUGGCCCAGAUGGUGGAUAUCAUGGUUUUGCAGGUCAAGAUGGCACUAGAGCAUUUGUGACGGGUGAUUUUACCCCAGAUGGACUGAUAGAAGAUGUAUCUGAUCUGCAGCUUGAGGAUUAUCUUGGAUUACAGGGAUGGCAACAAUUUUAUGAAAAAGACUAUAAAUAUGUUGGAAAGCUUGUAGGUCACUUCUAUGACAAAGAUGGCAACCCAACAGAAGCCAUGAACCAGUACUUAAUAAAACUAGCAGAAGCCAAAUCAGAAAAAAAAAAGGACCAGGAUGAUGCCAGGAGGUUUCCACCAUGUAACUCGGAAUGGAGGCAGGACGAAGGCACACGAUUCUGGUGUUCCACACUCAGUGGUGGAGUUGAGCGUGAUUGGGUCGGUGUGCCUCGUCAGUAUUUCCAGCCUGGUCGAACGUACCCUCGCUGCGCCUGUGUGAGGACAACAGGGCCACCGUCAGGGCAGGACGAUCUUGCAUUGCACGACAACCGCGGAGACCUGGACAACCCUAAAUUAAAACUGUACGAUGGGUGUGAGCCCACCGCAGAAUCGUGUCAUGUUCCGUAAUGGUGCCUUUUCACACUGAUUUAUUUAUAUGGACUUGUUAAAUUUAUGUCAUGAUGAUCUUUUAAAAACCCAAGUCAUCUUUUUAUAAAAAAAACAACUAUUUUGCUACAGCUUUUUCUAUGAGUUUGUAUGUUAUUUGUAAAUAAUGUAAUAAUAUAUUAUUUAAAAAAAAUGGCCAAUAAAAAAUUCUGGGCUAUG